CUCAACGUUCAGCGUAGUCGGCGUUGCGGUGUCUCGUGUAUAGGUAGAGAGGUUACAUUCGCGUCGUGAAUCAUACGACUGCGAUUUGUAAGAUUCUCUUUCUGUGAAUUAAUCGAGAUGAACGCGAAGGAAAAUUCUACCGCGUCGACGACGAAGAGCACGAACGCACCGAACGCCAAGCCCUACGGUAAGAUCGUGUUGACGUUGCAAAACUGUCUCCUGCCCGACGAGAAGUUCAACUCCACCCCGUCGCAUUUGGAUGGUCUCGAUGCGGAAACCGAAACGGAUCUCCGGAUACUGGGAUGCGAACUUAUACAGACUGCCGGUAUUCUGCUGAAGUUACCGCAGGUUGCAAUGGCUACUGGACAAGUAAUAUUCCAACGAUUUUAUUAUAGCAAAUCUUUAGUUAGACACAAUAUGGAAACAACUGCAAUGGGUUGCAUCUGCUUAGCGAGCAAAAUCGAGGAAGCACCUAGGCGCAUCAGGGAUGUGAUCAACGUUUUUAAUCACGUAAAACAAGUGUCCAGUCAAAAAGCGAUACAACCCGUGAUUCUCGAUCAGAAUUAUGUAGCCUUAAAGAAUCAGGUGAUUAAGUCAGAGAGAAGGGUAUUGAAAGAACUGGGUUUCUGCGUUCACGUGAAACAUCCUCACAAGAUCAUAGUAAUGUAUUUACAAGUGUUGGGAUAUGAGAAGAAUCGCACGCUGAUGCAGCAGAGCUGGAACUACAUGAACGACUCGUUGCGUUCCGACGUAUUCUUACGUUAUCAGCCGGAAACAGUGGCAUGCGCGUGCGUUUAUCUGGCCGCUCGUCAAUUGCAGCUGCCUCUACCCACGUCGCCCGCUUGGUUCUCGCUGUUCAGAGUCAGCGAAUCGGCGAUCAAAGACGUGUGUCGGCGUAUAUUGCGUCUUUACUCACGGCCGCGCGUGCGACCCGAGCAACUGGAGAAACGCGUCGAGGAAUUGCGGCGUCAGUACGAAGAGGCUAGAACUAAGGCACGCGGUGGAGAUGUCGACGGGCAUACGCCGAGUCCGCCGUUGCCGAAACAUCACAACGCCUGGGGUGGAUUUAUCAGUCGCAGCGGCACACAUGCGGCUCCCGAAAGAACAAAGUCACCUAGACGCUCAAAAUCUCCAAGUACUUCCCCAUCACGAGGCGAAGAAACUAAGUAUUCCAGUAAGCGAAAAAGGCAUAGCAGAAGUAGAUCUCGAAGUCACAGUCAUGGUAGAUCUAGUAAGCCCAAAAAGACCCAGCGCAGACGAUCGGGUAGCCAUAAGUCGUCACGAAGAUCGCGUAGUUACAGAUCACGAAGUCGAUCUCGGGACAGGGAUUUGGAGAAAUCGAGUAAACACCGUAGUAAGCGUAGUAGACGGCUACACUAAAUAUUGACGUAUAGCCAGAAUUAUUACAUUAUAUUGCGAUAUAUCACGAUUUAAUUAAUUGUAAUCAAUUUGUAACAUACCGCGAAAGCUUUUAUAAGCUUACCGCAAUUCCUUUCGGAAAAUUAAUACUUCAUUUUUCGAGAUUAUCUUGAUAGGUUUCACAUAGCUACCAGUAAUAAAUUAUACACUGCAUUCUUGCAAACUUUGUUUUUCAUUGUUUAUAAUUUAUAUUAAAAAUUAUGAUAUAGGCCAAUAAUUGUGUAAUUCUUUUAAAUACUAAACUAAAUGUAUAAAGCA